AUGCCAACUUCCCAAGGAACAUUCGUCCAAGCCAAGGUGACUUAUAAAUCCAACACAAAAAUACCAGAUAAACGCUUUGAGCAAUGGUUCUUGUUGCACUGUGACACCCUUAGAUCUUGGAAGGAAUAUGACAGCAAGCAAGAAGAUAAGAAAUACGCUAUCGCUUUAAUCGAUGUCGGGCUGAACAGGUUGCCUCCUCGUUUGCCAAACAAAGUAGCCAGACAGCUCUCAGAGGAUCCUUCAAAGGACCCCUUAGCGUCGUACUAUCACCAAUUGAUGGCUUUGCCACUGGACCCUGAUGCAGAAAUCGAUAGAGCCCUUACAGUGGGCAAAGCGCUUGAGAAAAUACUUGCCAAAGAGCAGCAAGUGAGAGAAGCCAUAGCCAAACUCCCGAAAAAUGAAGAGUACCCCACAGAAUGUCAGAUGGAGGUCUUCAUUGAUCACUGCGACAAACCAUAUUGUCGCAAGUGCAGAGAGGUGGGCCACAAUUGUCAACCUAGGCCGUCCAAAGGUAAACAGAAAGCUGCGAGUUGUCCACACGAAAGUAAGUGUCGUGUUUCAGGUGAUCAUUUAGUAUCCACCUGUCCCCAGAACCAGAAUGCCAAUAAGUUCCCGGUGAAAUCUAAAUCAAACAAAGGAAAUCAAUACACUCAACGAAAGAAAAAGGCUCCCAUCGUGGACGCGGAAGGUUUUCAACAGGUGGGAAGAAGCAAGCAAACUCCACUUGCCAAACCUUGUCCGCAAAAUGUGCCUACAUCCGCAAGGCAAGGCUUUGCUGUCUUAGAGGAUUGA